AUGGAUCUGAGCAAUUUGUCGAACAACCUCCCUCUGUACCAAGAGCCAUCUGAGGAUGCUAUAAAUGAAAUAAGUAAGGAACUCUCUGACGAGUUCAAAUUGGGUGCCAGAUCUAUAGCCGCAUUAUACAGAUUGUCAAAUACUAAAAACAGCUUGUUAAUUGCCAAGGGAUACUUGGACUGCUUGAAUGACUUCUCAAGACUUUUAGAAGGCGAUCAAAUCACUAGUCUAAGUGAGCUGAAGGAGCUAAUCAAUACGAAAAAGAAGGACUUGUCUCCCAGUCAGUCCAAUUCAGGACAGAAAAAGCAGGAAAAGUUUGAAAAUAAGCACAAAGGUUCAGAGAUCAGCAUAGAAGAACAAACCUCAUUUCCGCCUUUGGCUGAUAAUUCAUUUAGGUUUACCUUUAAUGAUCCAACAAAUCUUCAAUUCAAACCCUCAACACUGUCUUCAUUUACAAAUACAGAGACAAUUAAAAAUCAAGAGAAUCACACCAAAGGUAAGAAGUAUACGGUUAAAGCAAGCCCUGGUAGUAUAACAUACCACUCUAACUCAUCUUCUGAUGAGGAAGUCGCUGAAACUGACGACGACGAUGCGUCCUUUGAUGACACACUGAAUAUUUUUGCCAAAAGAAAAUUGCAUGCCCAUACAUCAAGCAAGAAGAAACAAAAACACACAGAAUAA